AUGGAUUUUAGCAUCUUACCGGUAAAUUCGUCAUUUUUAGUUGACGAUAUCUUAAGGAGAAAACAUUAUGAAAAUAAGAUUCAUCAGAGCAAUUUUUCUCAGUUUUCCGUUCUUUCAGAUGAAAUAUCAAUAAAAACCAGACUCUCCGCGUUCCCCAUAUACAAUAAGGGUAUGCACAAAAAUAAAGAAUUAGUCAACAAAUCUUUUCAAAUGAACGACAAAAAUAUAACUGAAACUGAGCGAGACUUCAAUAAGUCUUCGAUAUCUUUCGACAUGACUUCAAAUGUAGAAUAUAGUUUUGGGGAUAAAAGAAUGAAUAACAGACAUUCUUUUCAAGGUUUAAGUUGCAUGGUUGCGGAAGCUGAAAUGUACGCUCGUGGCAAGAGAGAAGAUAACAGCUCUGAUGAAAAUUCUCCUAAGUGUGAAUCUCCAAGUUUAACUGCGAAAACCGAAUACCAUAACGCAUCAGCCGACGCUAUGCAUGUCACUUCUGAAUCUCUUAUUCAACAAAAUCUCUUAAAUAUAAAAUCUUCCCGCAAAAAACCGAGAAUUUUAUUUUCUCAAUCUCAAGUGAUGGAGUUGGAAAAAAAAUUUAAAGAUCAAAAAUAUUUAUCAGCAUCAGAGAGAGAUCAAAUUGCAAAUAAAUUAAAUCUCACACCAACGCAGGUAAAAAUUUGGUUUCAAAAUAAACGAUACAAAUGUAAAAAACAAACAAUCGAGAGUCGUACAAGACCUCCACCGUAUGAAUGGUUGCAUUUUCAGCAUCGAAAUGUACCAGUUCUUGUGCAAAACAAUCAAGUUUCUUCAGAUGUAUGUUUACCCUACUGCAACAGACCAACUUAUCUCCCGUCAAAUUCUCCUGUUGAUAUGAACUACCCACCAUUUUAUCCUGACCCAUAUAACGGUCACAACCAUCAUUAUAGUAACAGUUAUAACACUCCUUCCCAAACUUCCACUUACCCAAAUUCUUGGCCGUUUUACAAAUAG